UCUAGGCUUAUUUGCUGGCCUCUUUGUUGUGUGGAGAGGAAGAAGUGGCGGAUUGAGGCGGCCAUGGCGGCAGCGUCCAUCACGCCGGCGUGUGUCCGAUGCAAUGCCGCUGCUAGCAAGGGCUUCUCGGAUUUCUCCGGCCUCAAGAGCAAGAACGCCGUCACAUUCGGGAGAGGCGCCGAGGAUUUGGCGUCCAGAGUUGCCGCCCAGACUUGCAAGGUUUCGAGCUCUGGUGGAGCCAAGCGCGCUGUUGCCGAGGCCAAGAUCAAAGUUGCGAUCAAUGGAUUUGGAAGAAUUGGCCGGAACUUCAUCCGCUGCUGGCACGGCAGGAAGGACUCGCCAUUGGACGUGAUUGUCAUCAACGACACUGGCGGUGUCAAGCAAGCAUCCCAUCUCCUCAAAUACGAUUCCAUGCUUGGAACCUUCGACGCCGACGUGAAAGUAUCUGGAGACAGCGCCAUCUCGGUUGAUGGCAAAGUCAUCAAGGUGGUCUCCAACCGAGAUCCUCUCAAGUUGCCAUGGGGAGAGCUUGGAGUGGAUCUCGUGAUCGAAGGCACCGGCGUCUUCGUGGAUCAAGAAGGCGCUGGCAAGCACUUAAAAGCCGGUGCCAAGAAGGUGCUCAUCACAGCCCCUGGAAAGGGUGCCAUUCCAACGUACGUCGUCGGAGUGAACGCCGAGCAAUACAGUCCCACGGAGCCGAUCAUCAGCAAUGCCUCCUGCACGACGAACUGCCUGGCUCCCUUCGUCAAAGUCCUGGAUGAGAAGUUCGGGAUCAUCAAGGGAACCAUGACAACAACACACUCGUAUACCGGAGACCAGCGCCUGCUCGACGCCAGCCACCGGGACCUCCGCCGAGCUCGCGCCGCGGCGCUCAACAUCGUCCCCACCUCCACGGGGGCCGCCAAGGCGGUGGCGCUCGUCCUCCCCAAGCUCAAAGGCAAGCUCAACGGCAUCGCGCUCCGGGUACCCACGCCAAACGUCUCGGUGGUCGAUCUGGUGGUGCAAGUCGAGAAGAAAACCUUCGCCGAGGAGGUGAACGCCGCGUUCCGCGAGUCCGCGGACAAGGCGCUCAAUGGGAUCCUGGCGGUGUGCGACGAGCCGCUGGUGUCGGUCGACUUUAGGUGCUCGGACGUCUCGUCCACGAUCGAUUCGUCGCUCACCAUGGUGAUGGGCGAUGACAUGGUCAAGGUGGUAGCGUGGUAUGACAACGAGUGGGGCUACUCGCAGAGAGUGGUGGAUCUCGCCAACAUCGUCGCCGAGCAGUGGAAGUGAUGAUCUUCGAUCGAGAAAUCUCAAAUCGAAGGAAGCAUGGAUGGAGAUUGAUAGAGCUGCUGGAGCCGGAUUUUCGUUCGAUUUAGAGCCCACAUUUUGACCGGAGCUCGGAAAGAAGAAGAAAGGAAUUCCAUCUCGCUGUGUAUUUCUAUGGCAUCAAUAAGAACGCAUAAACCCUGAAGCAGGGGUUUUUGUC